AUGAGUGACGAUCCGACAGACCUGCUCAAAGCUGAACUUGGUAUGAUAUCGGAUAAAUAUGAACAUCAUCCUCAUCAUCCCCAACAACAUCAUCAUCAUCAUGAUAAGGUUAUUACACCUAGUUUCGAACCGGCAAAAGUUGUGACCCAUAAAUUGCAACCAAAGGUUAGUCAAGAUAAAGAAGAAGCCGGUCGCAACGAACAACAGGAGCAACAUAAAGAUGAAGGCAAAUAA